GGGCAUAUAAAGGAAAACACAACAAUCAUAACAGUUACUAACUUUCUGAUCAGUGGAUAUAUACACACACAGAGAUAUACACAAACAUACACACACUCAUCGAGCCAUGCAGUACCAGCCGGCGGCCAGGCCCGUGCCCAUGUACGCACCGACCCCGGUUCAGCCCGUGCAACCUACACCGUUUUACAUUGAAGACAUUCUGGGCAGAAGUGAUGGCACCCCGAGCGCGUGCUCUCCGCUUGCCCCCGCGACAGCACCUGUCCACGCACCGGCUUUACCCUCAGCGAACUCAUCAUUCACCAGCUGGGUGUCGCCUUACCGGAGCACUGUGUACGAGCCGACACCAAUUCACCCACAACAGAGCCCGCACCCGCACCCGCACCACCAUCACCACCACGCCGCGCUCGCCGCAGCCGCCGCAGCCGCAUAUGGGAAUCAGCUAUACCCGUUACACCGCGCACUGCUCGGAGACUACACACACGCGCUCAUCAGACACGACCCUCUCGGUAAACCCUUACUGUGGACUCCGUUCAUUCAGCGUCCUCUGCACAAGCGGAAAGGAGGACAGGUGCGCUUCUCCAAUGAUCAGACUGUAGAGCUGGAGAAAAAGUUCGAGACACAGAAAUAUCUCUCACCACCGGAAAGAAAACGACUGGCCAAGAUGCUCCAGCUGAGCGAGAGACAGGUAAAAACGUGGUUUCAGAACCGCAGAGCUAAAUGGAGGCGACUGAAACAGGAGAACCCUCAGGGCUCUAAGCGCGACCUGGAGAGCGAGCACGUGGACAGAACCUGUGCUCUCGAGGAACCCCGCUCCUCGGACCUGCGGCCAGCGCGCUCCUCCUCUUCUUCCUCUUCACCGUCCUCACGCGCGUUGCUUGAGUCGGAGGUUUCAGACGAUUCAGACAGAGAGCUGGACAUUGAGGAUGACGCGGACAUCACACUGAGUCCUCCGUUAUGAGGACGACACAGUAAACACGGGACAAGCGGACAUUUAUUUAUCUACGGUUCAGUAGCGUGUGGACUUCUACAUUGUAAAUAGUAAAAAUGAAACUUUUCCGUGUCAUAACUUUUGUCAAAUUAGACUCUCCAGUGUUGUUCACAUCACACACACACACACACACACACACACACACACACACACACACACACACACACACACACACACACACACACACACACACACACACACACACACACACACACUGUAAGGUUCUCUAGGCACUCCAUUUACCCUCAUAAAUUUUCUUUUUAUCGUGAAAAAAAUAUUGCGUUUUUUUUAUUUGGAACAUGCCUUCCCCAAAAGUGAAUAUUCUCUUUAGUGUCUGCUAGAUUCUUUGCUACAUCAUGUAACCUAUCAUUCAUCGCAGAAAGGUCUUCUCUCCAUGAGCACUACAAGCUUGACAGAUUCUUGUGAUCCAUGACAUUUAAAAAAAAAAAAAAAAAUCAAACCCAAAUCUGUCUUUGUCCAACUGCAUAUAGACACCUCUCUCUCUCUCUCUCUCUCUCUCUCUCUCUCUCUCUCUCUCUCUCUCUCUCUCUCUCUCUCUCUCUCUCUCACACACACACACACACACACACACACACACACACACACACACACACACACACACACACACACACACACACACACACACACACAAAAACAAGUGGGUUAAACAACAAAUGGAUAGUUUACUUCUGAUAACUGGUGUGUGGUAAGUUUUCAGCAUUAAGUCCUGAGAUGGAUUGUAAAUAUUGUAUGUAUAAAAUGCUUAAUAAAUGAUAUCUAAUUUCA